UCUCUCGCUAGCUUGAGCUGCUCCUUCAGCAUCACCAACACCCUCCUUCUGAUGCUGGCCCACUCCUGGUGCUGGCUGGACCUGCACUUCUUCGUCGACUGUUGCUCGGUGCUCUUCUUCCUUGCUGUCGACACUGGCCCCAUCCCUCUCAAGCUCCUGCUUUGCCUCCUGCUCCUGCUUCUCUUGCUUCUUCCCAUCACCAGCCAGUUUGUCCUGGCUGCCCUCCCCAUCUUCUCCUGGUUGGCGUUGUUCAACUCCUCCUCCUCCAUCUCGCCCUCCUACAGACCCAAGAUCCAGGUUUCGGUUUUGCCUUCUAUCGAAUCCAUCCUUUAUGGCGAUGACUUGAGUAACUCUCUUUCGGUUCACAAGAGCUCUUUGUUGGAUGUGUUGGCUUGGAUGCCUUAUGGUCUUAUUCAUUUCGUUGCGCCUUUCUUGGUUGCUAUUCUCAUCUUCAUCAAAUGUCCACCAAAGUCACUAAGAGUUUAUGCCUUUUCCUUUGGCUACAUGAACCUUACUGGUGUCUUGAUCCAACUUUUGUUUCCAUGUGCUCCUCCCUGGUACAAGAAUCUCUAUGGUCUCAAUCCUGCUAACUACUCUAUCAAUGGAAGCCCAGCUGGUCUCACCAGAAUAGAUGCUCUCUUCAACCUGAACCUCUACUCCUCCAGCUUCCAAAAGUCUCCAAUGGUCUUUGGUGCCUUCCCUUCCCUUCACUCUGCCUGUGCUGUCAAUUUAGCUCUUUUCCUUAACCACAUCUUUCCCAACCACUCUAUCUACUGGUGCUCCUAUGUCCUAUGGAUAUGGUGGUCUACAAUGUACCUUAAUCACCAUUACUUUGUCGAUUUAAUUGGUGGCGCUAUACUAAGUUUUCUCUUUUAUUACUUUUCUACUCUUUUUCUAAUGCCUGUUAUUAACCACAACAUUCCCUCAAGGUGGCACUACCACAAAAUC